AUUACCUGGCAGUAGUGAGGUGAGCAGAUGCUUGCACACAGAGAGUGACUCAGUUUCACUAUGAAUUAGUGCUGUAGCCUGUGAUUGUCCCACACACUGUGAGAAUGUGGCCCUACUUGGAGUCUGAGGACUUCAGUGUCCUUCCCCCGGACCAGAAUCGCCGGUUCAACCCUGCCUUCAACAUGGCUUCUCUGAAGCAGGUCGUCAACGAUGUUGUCGAAAGAGUGCGUACUCCCACACCGAUGAGGCUGCGUGACCUGAUACGUCAGAUACGUGCCGCACGCACAGCGGCAGAAGAGCGCGCUGUCAUCAACAAGGAGUGUGCAUACAUACGCAGCACAUUCCGUGAGGAGGACAGCGUAUGGCGUUGUCGUAACAUAGCCAAGCUGCUCUACAUACACAUGCUGGGCUAUAAGGCACACUUCGGGCAGUUGGAGUGCCUGAAGCUGAUCGCAUCGUCACGGUUCACGGACAAGCGGAUCGGUUACCUGGGCGCCAUGCUGCUGCUAGACGAGAGACAGGACGUCCAUCUGCUCAUCACCAACAGUCUCAAGAAUGACCUGAACAGCUCAGUACAGUUUGUGGUGGGGUUGGCCCUGUGUACUCUAGGAGCGAUAGCCUCUCCGGAGAUGUCCCGGGACCUGGCCUCUGAGGUGGAGAGACUGAUGAAGUCACCUAACGCUUAUGUACGGAAGAAGGCGGCGUUGUGUGCCUACCGAAUCAUCCUCAAGGUGCCUGAGCUUAUGGAGAUUUUCCUACCGGCUACGAGAUCGCUGUUGUCAGAGAAGAACCAUGGUGUGCUGAUCACUGGUGUUACACUGAUAACAGAAAUGUGCGAGAACAGCGUUGACACUCUGCAGCACUUCAAAAAGAUUGUUCCUAAUCUUGUCAGAAUUCUCAAGAACUUAAUCAUGGCAGGCUACUCACCAGAACAUGAUGUUUCAGGAGUCAGCGAUCCUUUCCUACAGGUGAAAAUACUUCGGUUACUGAGGAUCCUGGGUAGGAAUGAUGUAGAAGCAUCAGAGGCCAUGAACGACAUCCUGGCGCAAGUGGCAACCAACACAGAGACUAGCAAGAACGUAGGAAACACAAUACUGUAUGAAACUGUGCUCUCCAUCAUGGAUAUCAAAUCAGAAAGUGGACUCAGGGUUCUAGCAGUGAACAUUCUGGGCAGGUUCCUGCUGAAUAACGACAAGAAUAUCCGCUACGUGGCCCUCAACACCCUCCUCAAGACAGUGUACGUGGACACGAGUGCAGUGCAGAGACACCGCACCACCAUCCUGGAGUGCCUCAAGGACCCUGACGUGUCCAUACGGCGGCGAGCGUUGGAGCUGAGCUUCGCGCUGGUCAACACCAACAAUGUGCGCACCAUGAUGAAGGAGUUGCUAUUGUUCCUGGAGAGAGCGGACCCAGAGUUUAAGGCCCAAUGUUCCUCCAACAUCGUGCACGCAGCCGAGAGGUUCGCUCCCAACAAGCGGUGGCACCUUGACACUCUGUUGCGUGUGCUGGUUGCGGCCGGCAACUACGUGAGAGACGACGUCGUGUCCAGCACUAUACAGUUGAUCUCGGAGACUCAGAGUCAGCAGACUUACAUGGUGCAGCAGCUGUGGCAGGCGCUGGAGCAGGACACGGCCGACAGGCAGCCUCUCACACAGGUGGCCACCUGGUGUAUAGGGGAGUACGGGGACAGUCUGCUCUACACGCCGGACUCUGCAGUCAAGGUUACAGAGGCAGAAGUUAUCAAAGUGUACCAGAGACUGCUGUGGUCACCCCAGAACUCUGUUAUAACAAAGCAGUAUGCCUUGCUCUCACUGACCAAGCUCAGUACUCGUUUCAACUGUCAGACUGAUAAAAUUCAAGAGGUGGUAGAAGCUUUUGGAAGCCAUGUCCACAUGGAACUACAACAGAGAGGGGUUGAGUUCACCCAACUGUUUGGCAAAUACAAUCACCUGCGUCGGCCACUGCUGGAGCGGAUGCCUGCCAUGGAGGUGUCCCGGACUCACACCUCCGAGACCAACGGGGAGAUGGAGGGGGAGGUGCUGCCGGACACCACUCAGCCUCCUGACACGCAGGCGCAGGACUCGAACGCUCUGUUGGUGUUGCUCGGUGGAGACACCGGUGAGGGUGACAUCGUGAGACCUGUGGAGACCAGCAAGUCUACAGACAACCAGGACCUCUUGGAUCUACUGGGAGGUCUGGACAUCGUGUCUGAGCUGGUAGCUUAUGAGAAGAACGGUCUGCGGUUACUGUUUACUCUGGAGAGGCUAGGGGAGACCCCCUCCACGACUGUGAUCCAUUGUACUCUAUUUCAUCCUGUUGUUGCAGUGUCUGAGCUGGUAGCUUAUGAGAAGAACGGCCUGCGGUUACUGUUUACUCUGGAGAGGCUAGGGGAGACCCCCACCACGACUGUGAUCCAUUUGUCUGAGCUGGUAGCUUAUGAGAAGAACGGCCUGCGGUUACUGUUUACUCUGGAGAGGCUAGGGGAGACCCCCACCACGACUGUGAUCCAUUGUACUCUAUUUCAUCCUGUUGUUGCAGUGUCUGAGCUGGUAGCUUAUGAGAAGAACGGCCUGCGGUUACUGUUUACUCUGGAGAGGCUAGGGGAGACCCCCUCCACGACUGUGAUCCAUUGUACUCUAUUUCAUCCUGUUGUUGCAGUGUCUGAGCUGGUAGCUUAUGAGAAGAACGGCCUGCGGUUACUGUUUACUCUGGAGAGGCUAGGAGAGACCCCCACCACGACUGUGAUCCAUUGUACUCUAUUUCAUCCUGUUGUUGCAGUGUCUGAGCUGGUAGCUUAUGAGAAGAACGGCCUGCGGUUACUGUUUACUCUGGAGAGGCUAGGGGAGACCCCCUCCACGACUGUGAUCCAUUGUACUCUAUUUCAUCCUGUUGUUGCAGUGUCUGAGCUGGUAGCUUAUGAGAAGAACGGCCUGCGGUUACUGUUUAAUCUGGAGAGGCUAGGGGAGACCCCCACCACGACUGUGAUCCAUUGUACUCUAUUUCAUCCUGUUGUUGCAGUGUCUGAGCUGGUAGCUUAUGAGAAGAACGGCCUGCGGUUACUGUUUACUCUGGAGAGGCUAGGGGAGACCCCCUCCACGACUGUGAUCCAUUGUACUCUAUUUCAUCCUGUUGUUGCAGUGUCUGAGCUGGUAGCUUAUGAGAAGAACGGCCUGCGGUUACUGUUUACUCUGGAGAGGCUAGGGGAGACCCCCUCCACGACUGUGAUCCAUUUGUCUGAGCUGGUAGCUUAUGAGAAGAACGGCCUGCGGUUACUGUUUACUCUGGAGAGGCUAGGGGAGACCCCCACCACGACUGUGAUCCAUUGUACUCUAUUUCAUCCUGUUGUUGCAGUGUCUGAGCUGGUAGCUUAUGAGAAGAACGGCCUGCGGUUACUGUUUACUCUGGAGAGGCUAGGGGAGACCCCCUCCACGACUGUGAUCCAUUGUACUCUAUUUCAUCCUGUUGUUGCAGUGUCUGAGCUGGUAGCUUAUGAGAAGAACGGCCUGCGGUUACUGUUUACUCUGGAGAGGCUAGGAGAGACCCCCACCACGACUGUGAUCCAUUGUACUCUAUUUCAUCCUGUUGUUGCAGUGUCUGAGCUGGUAGCUUAUGAGAAGAACGGCCUGCGGUUACUGUUUACUCUGGAGAGGCUAGGGGAGACCCCCUCCACGACUGUGAUCCAUUUGUCUGAGCUGGUAGCUUAUGAGAAGAACGGCCUGCGGUUACUGUUUACUCUGGAGAGGCUAGGGGAGACCCCCUCCACGACUGUGAUCCAUUGUACUCUAUUUCAUCCUGUUGUUGCAGUGUCUGAGCUGGUACCUUAUGAGAAGAACGUGUCUGAGCUGGUAGCUUAUGAGAAGAACGGCCUGCGGUUACUGUUUACUCUGGAGAGGCUAGGGGAGACCCCCUCCACGACUGUGAUCCAUUGUACUCUAUUUCAUCCUGUUGUUGCAGUGUCUGAGCUGGUAGCUUAUGAGAAGAACGGCCUGCGGUUACUGUUUACUCUGGAGAGGCUAGGGGAGACCCCCACCACGACUGUGAUCCAUUGUACUCUAUUUCAUCCUGUUGUUGCAGUGUCUGAGCUGGUAGCUUAUGAGAAGAACGGCCUGCGGUUACUGUUUACUCUGGAGAGGCUAGGGGAGACCCCCACCACGACUGUGAUCCAUUGUACUCUAUUUCAUCCUGUUGUUGCAGUGUCUGAGCUGGUAGCUUAUGAGAAGAACGGCCUGCGGUUUACUGUUUACUCUGGAGAGGCUAGGGGAGACCCCCACCACGACUGUGAUCCAUUAACGGUCUGCGGUUACUGUUUUACUCUGGAGAGGCUAGGGGAGACCCCCACCACGACUGUGAUCCAUUGUACUCUAUUUCAUCCUGUUGUUGCAGUGUCUGAGCUGGUAGCUUAUGAGAAGAACGGUCUGCGGUUACUGUUUACUCUGGAGAGGCUAGGGGAGACCCCCACCACGACUGUGAUCCAUUGUACUCUAUUUCAUCCUGUUGUUGCAGUGUCUGAGCUGGUAGCUUAUGAGAAGAACGGUCUGCGGUUACUGUUUACUCUGGAGAGGCUAGGGGAGACCCCCUCCACGACUGUGAUCCAGGUCGCAGCCAACAACUACGCUCAGUCUCCGUUCACUGAGUUUCUCUUCCAGGCAGCUGUACCCAAGACAUUCCAGUUACAAAUGCAACCACCAUCUGGCACUGUGAUCAGUCCUGGCGGCCAGAUAACACAGACUAUCAAGGUCAUCAACCCCAACAGGACGAUGUUGAAGAUGCGUAUCCGGAUCAGCUACACUUGUGACGGGACUCCUGUACAAGACCAAGCCGACGUUAACAACUUCCCCCCCGAGAGCUGGCAAUGACAACUGACACCUUCCGCCUAACUCUCCCCUUACUUGUCAAUUACUUGAGGAGAAAUACAGGAUCAUCCGUUUAAUUGGUACAUAACAGUUAUUAAAGUAAUACCGACAUAAUAUUCACUCGGAUAAACUGUGGUGGCCACUUCUUCAACAGUGGCUUCAAUAAAACACAACUGACUCAUCAUUGUCAUAUAUAAUUUAUUUAUAUUAAUGAUUUGAAUCAAGAGAUAUCGUAGUAAUUUUAUACUUGUAAUAAGUAUCUUGUAUCUAAUGAAAUUGAAAGCCUGAAGUAGGAGUAUUUAUUUUAAGGUUUGUAAAUAUUAUAAACAUUUUAUAUUAUUUAUAAGUGUGUCACGAUUGUAUAGUAUGAAAUAUAAAUGUUUUCCAUGUG